ACAAUCAUCGUUAUUCGACAUUAUUUGCAUUAAUUUUUGAAUCUAGGCUCUAAAAAAUACAUACAGUUAUAUGUAAAAGUCUUGUAUAAUUACGGGACUCGCGAAAUGUUCUUGUUAGCAUAUUUGGCUUGAGCAAUUAAUUUAUAAAGUUGUACGACUCUCAAUCAAUAGAAUUACAUUUGAAACUUUAACAAGUUUCAAACCCCAUUCUGCCAUUGUAAGAUUGUCGAUAUUUGCAACGUAAAGUAAUCAACGGCAUGAUUCAUAAUUAAAUGUAUGAUGCCCACAAUCGCGUAAUCGAUGAAACAAAAGGUGCAAUACCAUGCCUUCAUGGUUUAUACGAAUAAGACGCGAUGGACGAGGUUACAUGAAUCAGCGUGAUAGAUUCAGCUUGAAAUUGAAAAAAUUCACAAGUAUUCGACUAGAUCACAAGUAUCGUCAUGUGGAGCACUAUUCCCAACAAAAUAUUCCAGAAGUUUCGAUGAAAAAAAAAAAAAAAAACUCGAAAUGGCAGAUCGAAAAUCAGGCGAGUGUUCGUGUAAAAGAAAUAAGAAAGGUAGGGCUAAGUCGAAGCCGGGCAAGAGAAAGCGGCAAAGUAUGGUGUACAAUCCAGACGAAGAGGUAUGGCACGAACCAUACUUGAACUGUCUCCGUAAGGAGUUUUCGCAGAUAUCCAUACCGUGUGACUCGAAAAUAGAAUUACCAUGGAAAGACAUUGCCAUCCCAGCAGUCGCUAUGAAGAUUCGCGCCAAUGUCGCAGUCAAAGACACCGCGACUACGAUAGCAGGCGAUGAAACGUCAUCGAAUGGCAUGGCCAAAGAAUUUGGGGGAAAAACUGCAGAGUCAAAAGAGUCAACUGGAAAGUUUAAUCUACCAUGGAACGACCUUCUCGUUAUGGAUACGGUCGUUCCGCAACCGACUCUCAGGGCUGAUGGAGCAGUAUGUGAUUCAACUUUAGAGAUACCUUGGAAUGAUUUAGCCCUUGAGAGACCGAUUGAAAUAAGACCCAUUCCUGACGAAGAACAGUGCGAUGAUCAAGAUAUUGAAAUUCCUUGGGAAGAAAUACUGAUCCCAGCUAAUAUCGUAAUAGAAACUAAGAAGAAGAAAAAGCAUCCUUCAUCUAGGGGUCCACCGACUCAUUUUUCUGAUAACAAAGCCAGUUUUGUAUGCUGUGGAAAACCAUGCCACGUGAAAACCGGGCGAAAGUGACCUCUUGAAAUCAUAGGAAAAAAUAUAUUUACAGGCAUACAUACAUGCAUGUGCGGCACAAGUCUAGUGUCAUAGCUAGUAUGUAAUUAUUACACGGUAUAGAAACUAUGCCUAUCGCAUAUAAACGAUAAUAUGAAACGUA